UUAGUGCUGUUUGGUCUUGAAAUUUUGUUUUAUUUUUUUAUUGUGCUUGCGAAUUGAGGCCGGAGUUUGUUUAGUGACGAUGCUGUUUGCACUAUUUCUCAAUAAAAAUGUCGCGCGAAACUGCAAAGUGCUACAGAACACAAUGCGUCUUUACUCGGGAGUGGUUGACAAGAGGAAAGUUGGCGUUAUUGGCGUGCCUUUUUAUAAGGGACAACCAAACGCCGGCGUGGAUCUAGGCCCAAAAAUCUUGCGCGAAAAUGGAAAACUAAUCUCCGUAUUGCGUGAACAAACCAAACUCUUGGAAGUCAAAGACUACGGAGACAUCUCGUACGAGCCCAUCAACAUCAACAGUGGCGUUCGUAACCUCAAAAACCUACCAGAUGUCGCUGGCAUGAACAAAUCUCUUUCCGACAAGGUUUACCAAAUCUUGAGCGAAGGUCGCGUUUGCCUAACUCUCGGCGGAGAUCAUUCAAUGGGCAUCGGAACGGUCGAUGGUCAUUUGAGAUAUGAUCCCGACACUGUCGUCUUUUGGGUUGACGCUCAUGCGGAUUUGAACACGAACACGACGUCGCCCACGGGAAACAUUCACGGCAUGCCCCUGAGUUUCCUCCUGAAGGAAUUGACAAAUACGUGGUCUGAUGUCGCCGAAUUAAAAUCUUGGUUAACGGCGAAAUUGCCAUGCAAAAAUUUGGUUUAUGUCGCGUUGCGUGAUGUCGAUGCCGGUGAGCAGAAAUUCAUUGAGGACUUGGGAAUUCAAGCUUAUGGCAUGCGCGAAAUUGAUCGUUAUGGGAUCAGAAAUGUAAUGACGAUGGCGUUGGAGAAGGUAGAUCCGAUGCAAACGAAGCGCUUCCAUUGUUCGUUUGACAUUGAUUCGUUGGAUGCUCGUGAAGCGCCAUCUACCGGUACGAGAGUUCGUGGGGGAUUGACGUUGCGCGAAGGACUUCAAAUUGUCGAGCAGUUGUAUGAUACGGGACGAUUGGAUGCGCUUGACUUGACGGAAGUGAAUCCCGCGAUUGGAGACAAUACGGAUGUCGCGACGACCGUUAGAGCAGCAAUUGCUAUCAUUGCAGGGGGCGUUGGAGGCAACCGUUAUGCUUACAAAUGAGAAAUUUCAGUAAUAAAAGUGCUAUGAAACUGCUGUGAAAUGUAAUUUUUUGUUUUAAUUCGAAAAAUUUUUAAAAUUU